UCGGGUCGGCUGCGCCGCGGCGAAAGCGAAUGCACGCGGGCCGGGGGGACCUUGAGGCAUGGCUCACAGGCCACGGAGGACCUUUCGGCAGCGCCAAGCCGACUCCAGUGAUAGCGAUGGCUCGAAGGACCAGUCUGCCGAGUCCCCGGGCCCGGCGGAAGUAGCAGGACGGCCUCACCGUGCCCGGGGCCCUCGGGGCCGGGCUCGGGUCUGGGCGAGUUCUCGGCGCGCCCCCGGAGCUGCUCCGCGCGUGGACGGCGGCUCGGGUGCCCCAGAAUGCAGAAUGGUUGAUCUUCCAACAGAUGAAGAGGAUGAGACACAUCACUCCUCAGAAAGUAAAGAGGAUCAGACUUCAUCCUCUGACAGCUCUAGCUCUCUGGAAGAAAAAGAAUUUUCAUCCAUAGUUAAGAUCCCUGAUGCAGCUUUUGUUCAAGCAGUCUGCAGAAAACGUGAAUUGGUCAGGGCCCAAGAUGACUAUAUUGCCUUGGAUGUAAAACAUACAUCCACCACCACCGAUAGGAAGGGCAGCAGUGAUGAAGAUGCUGAGGGUGAUUCUGAUGACUAUGAAAAGAGAAUACCGUUUGCCCCAAAGCCUCAAACACUUAGACAGAGAAUAGCUGAAGAAACAGCAAGCAGAAAUGAAGAAAUAAGUGAAGAGAGUCAGGAAGAUGAAAAUCAAGAUAUUUGGGAACAGCAACAAAUGAGGAAAGCAGUUAAAAGCAUAGAGGGAAGAGUCAUAGACCUUUCUCAUAGCAGUGGAUCUCAAGCAGUGAAGAAGUUUGAUACAUCCAUUUCAUUUCCACCAGUAAAUUUAGAAAUUAUAAAGAAGCAAUUAAAUACAAGGUUAACAUUACUACAGGAUACUCAUCGCUCACACCAGAGAGAAUAUGAAAAGUACAUGCAAGAUAUCGAGAGCUCAAAGAGUACAAUCCAGAACCUGGAGAGUUCAUCGAAUCACGCUCUAAGUUACAAAUUCUACAAGAGCAUGAAAACUUAUGUGGAGAAUUUAAUAGACUGUCUUAAUGAAAAGAUUUCCACCAUCCAGGAAAUAGAAUCAUCCAUGCACGCACUCCUUUUAAAACAAGCUAUGACCUUUAUGAAACGCAGGCAAGACGAUUUAAAACAUGAAUCAACGUAUUUACAGCAGUUAUCAUGUAAAGCUGAGAUCUCAACAAAUGGAAGCUUGGGUGUAGAUGAAAAAACUCAAAGAAUUUUGGAAGAGAUUGAAUCUCGAAGGUCACAAAGAAGACAAGCAAGGUCACUCUCUGGGAAUCAUAACCAUGAAGAAGGGACAUCCAGUGAUGAUGAGCUGUCUUCUCUGGAGAUGACUGAUUUCCAAAAAAGCCAAGGUGACAUUUUACAAGAUUGUAGGAAAGUUUUUGAAGAUGUGCAUGAUGAUUUUUGUAACAUCCAGAAUAUUUUAUUGAAAUUUCAGCAAUGGCGAGAAAAGUUUCCCGAUUCUUAUUGUGAAGCUUUUGUUGGUUUAUGCAUACCAAAGCUUUUAAAUCCACUAAUAAGAGUUCAGUUGCUUGCUUGGAAUCCUCUUAAGUUGGAUUCCAUAGGCUUAAAACAGAUGCCGUGGUUCACAUCUAUAGAAGAAUUUAUGGAUAGCAGUGUGGAAGAUACAAAGAAGGAUAGUAGUCCUGAUGAAAAAAUCUUGUCUGCUGUCAUCAACAAAACAAUUAUUCCUCGACUUACAGAUUUUGUUGAAUUCAUUUGGGAUCCAUUGUCAACCUCACAGACAACAAGUUUAAUAACACACUGCAGAGUGGUCCUUGAAGAGCAUUCCACUUGUGAAAAUGAAGUUAGUAAAAGCAAGCAGGAUUUACUUAAAUCCAUUGUUUCAAGAAUCAAGAAGGCAAUAGAAGAUGAUGUUUUUAUUCCUCUAUAUCCAAAAAGUGCUGUAGAAGACAAAACAUCAUCACAUUCAAAGUUCCAAGAAAGGCAGUUCUGGUCAGCUCUAAAGCUCUUCCGAAAUACUGUUCUUUGGAAUGGACUCCUCCCAGAUGACACCUUGCGAGAGCUAGGACUAGAGAAGCUGCUAAAUCGCUACCUUAUUAUAGCUCUUCUUAAUGCCGUACCUGGACCAGAUGUUGUUAAAAAGUGCUGCCAGGUGGCAGCGUGUCUACCAGAAAACUGGUUUGAAAAUUCAAUGAGGACAUCUAUUCCCCAGCUAGAAAACUUCAUUCAGUUUUUAUUACAGUCUGCACAUAAAUUAUCUAGAAGUGAAUUCAGGAAUGAAGUCAAAGAAAUCAUUCUCAUUCUGAUGAAAAUAAAAGCUGUGAAUCAAGCAGAAUCCUUCAUAGAAGAAUAUCACCUAAACCAUCUUAAAUCACUAAUUGAAGAACUUUAAAUAAACUCUACGGGAAAGCUUUAGAUAAGAUUUAAUACAGUCACACUCGGUUCCUUUGCUUGGAAAGUCAGUGCCUCUUUAUUCCCUGUAAUGGAGGGUAGGAUUUGCAAAAGAGCAGGAUUCCUUCCCUCCCUUUUGUCCACACCCUUUUUCUCCUGGUAUCAUGAAAAGGUGACCUUUCAGAUGCUGUGCUGUUUGAAGGAAUUAAAUGCUCAGGAGCAGUAAGAGUUCAACAUGUUUUCCUUUGGUUCUUUCUACUUCUGCUCAGUUUAAGAGGGGAGUUGGAGAAAUGUGGCAUAUAGCUAUGUUGGCUUAGGUGAGCAUGCUAGUAAGUCUUCUGUCUGGAACCAUAAAACUCUCUUAAAGUUAUGCUUACUUUUACUACCUCUGUUUACACAUAACAAGGAAAUUCUAAUGAAAAUGAAUUGUUAAGUAGUAAAUGAUUAUGGCAUUUUAAGGAUUUCAUAACUGGUAAUCAAAUUGUUCUUCAGAAAUCUGUACUACUUGUUGUACCAACGCAAGUGUAAAAGAGUACCAGUAAGUCCUUGCCAACAGUAGUAUUAUCAUUUUAUAAUUCAUUGCAAAUACAAUGGGUGAAAACAGUCUUGAUUAUUUUAUUUAGAUUAUUAGAGAGUGAAGGUGUGUUGGUUUUGACUAUUUGCAGUUCUUACAGAAAUACCCUUUUUUUUCCUGAUGGGAUUGUAAGACCUGACCUGUGUGGCAAAUUUGCCAUUAAAAAAAAAAAAAUGUCUAAGAUAGUUUUUGGUAUACUAAGUCAUUACUUGUUGCAAAUUACUGCUUUUCUUAUCUUUUGUAUGUUUGUGGAUUAAAAAGGAAAUACUGAACAUGAUUCAUUUUCAGAUAAAAUAUUUGAUUAAUGAAGUCUGAGGCUAGAUAAUUUAAAAGAAAUUAAGAAAACUUUUCAAAAUGAUACUUUGCUAGUUUAUUUUCUUAAGUCUAUUUGUUAAGCAAUUCAAGGGCAAUCCUAAAUAUAUAUAUUGCAAAUUGUCCAAAAGACAAUUGGGAAAAAUUAUUAAAGUGUAGGAUUUGAAUAUGUGGCCAACUUUUAUAUCACUUCUACUUUUCAGAUUACAUAUAAAUAAUUUAACAGGUAUGUUACUUCCACGGGGAAGACUUGUGAUUCACUGUUUGAAGGAUUUUUUUAAAGUUUAUAUUAGUUACACAAACUGUACAUCUGAAAAUUCAGACCAUUGCUGGAAAGCAUGAAGCAUUCUCACAUAGCUCCCAUCUCAGCCAUAGCUGUUUCCAUUGUGAGGUUAUCUUUUCGGACAUUUUCUCUGUAUACAAAAACGUGUGCGUGUAUGUGUAUACAUAAAGUUUUGACUUUUUAAAUAAGUAGCAGACACAUUAUUGCAGGUGAGAUUUGUAUUUUCUUUACUAUUAAAAGAUUAUCCUCUGACUUGUACUUUUGAUCAGAAAUACAUUGGAUUUGUUGUCUUGUGUUUUAAAUUGGGAAGGUACUGCUCUUGCUUUUCAUAGAAUGGAAAAUAUUAGAACUGCUUUGAACUACUCCAGUAGUUUUUAUUAUUAAACUUCAUUGUGGAGCUGGGAAUGUAGCUCAGUGGUAGAGCGCUUGCCUAGCAUGUGCAAGACCCUGGUUCUAUCUCUUAACACUUCAAGAAAACAAAGCAGACAAGGAGAAAACUUCUCUAAUUUUCAUUGUUCCUGGAGUUUGAGCCUCAGUGCAUUAGCUAUCAUACAUUAAUCAUCAAUGCAAGGUUCUUUUUUUUUCCUUUCCUGUGAGAUGAAUGCAAGUGAAGAAUACAUCUAACAAAAACAAAACAUUUGAUUGGGGAACUUGUCUCACAUCACGAUUCUUUCCCUGGAUUUUUUUAGCUUCGUAUUCACUUUAAAGAACGUGAACUUUGCAAGGCAUGGUUGUAGACUUCUGUAAUCCCAGCCCUUGGGAGAUGGAGGUAGGGGGAUCAUCAGUUCAAGAUUAGCCUGUGUUACAUGGGGAGACCCUGUCUCAAAAAACAAACAAAAAAGCCAUACAUCAUGGUUUACACUUGUAACCCCAGCAGUGGGGAGGGAAGGAGGAAGUUUAAGGCCAGCCUGGGCUAUGUAGUAAGACCCAAUCUCAAAGAGAAAAUGAAAGGAAAAGUGUGAAGUGUAUAUAGGUCAAAUAGAUGAUCUUAAAAUUUUUAAUCA